UUUGAGAUAAGAGGAACAGAAUUGGUAUUUUACCUCCGGUGAGACCCUGAACUAAUUUUACCUCCCACCCCCCAAAAAAGUUUCAUUGGAAGGAGCAAAAAACCUGUCCAAAAACAAAAACGUCUAUUUGCCAAACAGAAGUUUUCACUUGUAUUAACAUUUGUUUUACUUACAGCUUCUAGGUUGGAUGACCUGAUUAAAAUGGCUUUUUCUAAGACUUCCUGUUUUACAUUCUGUUUGUAACUGACAUUUGCACUUCCUUUGACUACCUUUACACCUAUCUUACACCCUCUUUCUUAGGUGAAUCCACCGACAAGUACGCAGGAACUGGGUGCCCCUUGUCCCCUUGGGAGCCUUGUGCAAUAGGGGGCGUUGGGAGGGGUAGUCGUGGCCAGAGUUUUAAAUUUAUUAUUAUUAUUAUUAGUGGUGGCAGGGGGCCUACUGGAAGCUGAAACUAAAUUUCGUUUUCGUUAUCAUCGUUACUGGGACUUCCCGGCUCACUCUCAGGGGCUUGGUGGGGUGCAGUAGCGGCGCCUACUCAUUUCCCACCCUGCGCGGGUAAUUUCCCGGGGUGCCAGGGAGAGUUGACUGUGCACAGAGACGUGCAGCCUCCAUUGGGAGGCGUGUACCCAGAGGAGCCGCACUGGGGCUCAGCCCUAACAAGUUUCGGGACGCUUGGCAGGGAGGCCACCUUUGUUGCUCCGUUCCAGUUCCUUGUCCUAUCCGGAUAAUUUUCAACUCUGGUUUUCCAGAGAGGCAGGUCUGGACAGUGCCUCUAGUGGGUGGGCGCCUUUCCCAGCGGAGAUCCAGCUGAAGAGCCGGCGGCUGCCCCGGCACCAGGUCCUGGGACAUGAAGUCUAAAUGACCAGCAGCAGUGCCAGAACGCCUCCAUUGGAAAGGAUUCUGAAAGAAAUGAAGAAAACCGUCAGAAAUGAAAUCAGUAGCCUCGUGGCCUUCUGUUGACUGGACUGGAGUCUUAUUACUGCAGCUUCUUGCAACGACACUUUACAUGAUGUCUGCUGAGGUCAUCCAUCAUAUUGAAGAGGCACUUGAUGAAGAUGAGAAGAAGAUGCUUCUUUUUCUGUGUCGGGAUGUUGCUGCAGAUGUGUCUCCACUUAAUGUCAGGGACCUUUUAGAUAAUUUGAGUGAGAGAGGAAAGCUGUCUGCCAUGGGCCUGGCUGAGCUGCUCUACAGAGUCAGGCGGUUUGAUUUGCUCAAGCGGAUCUUGAAGAUGGACAAAAUGACAGUAGAGGCCCACCUGCUCAGGCACCCUCAUCUUAUUUCAGACUACAGGGUACUGAUGACUGAGAUUGGUGAAGAUUUGGAUAAAUCUGACAUGUCCUCAUUAAUAUUUCUCAUGAGAGAUUAUAUGGGUCGAGGCAAGACAGUCAAGGAUAAGAGCUUCCUGGAUCUUGUGAUGGAAUUGGAGAAGCUAAAUCUGGUUGCUCCAGAUCAGUUGGACUUAUUAGAAAAAUGCCUAAAGAACAUCCACAGAAUAGACCUGAAGACAAAAAUUCAGAAAUACAAGCAAGCCGCUCAAGGUGCAGAAACAGGUUAUACAAAUGCCUUCCAGGCCUCUUUCCUGAACUUGAGUCUUAAGGAUCCUUCAUAUAGCCUGAGGCUUCAGAACGGGAGAAAUAAAGAAAGAAGACUCACGGUGAAACAACUUGACAGUCACAGAGAACCAGUCAAGACAUCCAUUCAAGAAUCAGGAGCAUUUUUGCCUUGGCACAUACCGGAAGAGAGAUACAGGAUGCAGAGCAAGCCCUUAGGAAUCUGCCUGAUAAUUGAUUGCAUUGGCAAUGACACAGAGAUUCUUCGGGACACCUUCGCUUCCUUGGGCUAUGAUGUCCAAUGUUUCUCAUAUCUGACUAUGAACGAUAUAAUUUGUAUUCUUCGCAAAGUUGCCCAUAUGCCUCAACACCAAGACUACGAUAGUUUUGUGUGUGUCCUGGUGAGCCGAGGGAGCUCCCAGAGCGUGUUUGGUGUGGAUCAGACUCACCCAGGAUUCCCUUUGGAUCAGAUAAAGAGGAUGUUCAUGGGAGACAGGUGCCCUUCUCUCUUAGGAAAGCCAAAGCUCUUUUUUAUUCAGAACUAUGUGGAGUCAGAGAGCCACCCAGAAGAAUGCAGCCUCCUGGAGGUGGACGGGCCAGCAGUGAGCAGUACGGAUUCCAAGGCAAGGCAGCCUGGGUUCUGCACAGUUCACCGAGAAGCGGACUUCUUCUGGAGCCUGUGCAAAGCAGAUGCGGCUCUGCUGAAGAGGCCCUCCACCUCACUAUCCCUGUACCUGCAGCGCCUCUCCCAAAAACUGAGGCAAGAAAGAAGGCGGCCACUUCUGGAACUCCACAUUGAACUGAAUGGCAGUGUGUACGACUGGAACAGCAGAGUGUCUGAUAAAGAGAGGUACCACGUCUGGCUGCAGCAUACUCUGAGAAAGAAACUCAUUCUUUCUUAUACAUGAAAAGCCAAAAACUUUUAAAAAAACUUAUUGACGCCCUGGCCAGUUUGACUCAGCGGUUAGAGCGUCAGUCUGCGGUCCGGAGAGACCU